GCAAAUGGGGAAGUUUUGUCUUCCUCAUUUGGCUUUCUCCUAUUCAACCGUCCCAUCAUAUUGCUGCUUCUCUGUAUCUCCUGCUGGAUAGAUAUGCAUUUUUCUGGUUUUGGAGCUAACAUUUGGCACUUCUACCCAACAAGGCCAACAUGAGGUCUUCUUCCGCUUCAAUGGCUGCCAACCGUCAACAGGAAACAUAUAUUCGUGCUCGGGAUAAUCCUUUCUUUGAUGGUAUGAGAAGAGGAGAGGCAGAAAUAAUGGAUAAAGGUAGUAAUUUUAAUUUGAAUGAGAAGAUUGCAGGUGAAAGCAUAAUGCGUACUGCUUCAGAUGUUAGUUCCAGAAGAUCUAGAAAGAUCACAAGUGAAGUACUAGAAAAUCCCUCUAGCCCAUUAAAAACUUCACCCUCAGAUAUUAUUCUAGAACAUUAUGGUCGAUCGGCUUCCAGUACAUGGUCAAGGAUUUCUGAAGCUACUUCAUCUCCAUUGUCAGAAGACCAGUCGGCACUGAAGUUCGGAGUUGAGGAUGUAAAUGAGUCACAGAAAGAGCACCCUCCAAAGUCUAGUCAAGCAAAUGAAGUGACUCAAACUCUGGCACUUACAAAGCCCAUGAUCGAACAAUCAUACAGCGUGAACAAGGAUAGAACAAAUCUCUCUAAAGUUCCACUUCCUCCAUCAGCAGCAUUAUUUUACAAUGGGUAUUCACCACAAAUGGAAGUUGUUGAAUCAUGUCAAAGUAUAUACAAGCUAAAUAUGUAUCUAAGAGCUCGAAAGGAUGAUGUCAAUGCUGGUGUGCCAGGAAGGUUCUUGCAUGCUGUAAUAGGACCUGACAUCUGUGAUGUUGGUUCUGUUGCUUCAACAAUCAUGUAUGCCUUUUACCUGAAUGAAUCGUUACAGAACAAACUGUUCUGCACUGUGCCUAUAAUCAACAUGACAAGGGCAGACAUGGAAUCUCGAGCUGAGCUGAAAUGGCUGCUUGAUGCAUGCCAUGUAGAUCAGUCAUCACUGGUGUUUCUUGAUGAGGCAUUAAAAGAAGCCUUGGUUGAAAUAUUCAGUUGUUCAAAGCAUGAUGAUGGCUAUUCUUGGGUUAAAAAUGCCACAUUUGGAGAGGAAGCAUCCUGCUCUACACUUAUUGCUGAAAAGUUUCUGCUUACCACACCAGAGAUAUUGGCUGGGCAAAGAUUCAGCCGACUUCUGCUAGCCGGCAUCCUUAUGGAUACUGGGAAUUUGAGAAGUCCUCUUUCCACUUCCAAAGACAACUACAUGGCAACCUUGUUGAUUAAUGGGGCCGGUCGAUAUGGUUGCAAUGGACUUUACCAGAUCUUGAGAUACAAAAUGUAUGAUGUACCUGAACUGAGCAUUGGGGAAAUCCUGCAGAAAGAUAUCAAAAAAUGGACAAAAAUAGGUAAACUAAUCAGUGGUAACUCUAGAUUGACGGUGUUAAACAUUGGGAUGAGUUCAAUUGGAAUAUCAAUUGCACAGCUCCUUUCACUUGAUUCAACUUCAAAUCUGGAGAUUUCACAUUUUCAGCGCUUGGAGAAACUUUCCCUCCUCCUAAUUGUUUCUGGAUAUCACGAUGCUGAGAAGAACUUUAAGAGGGAAAUCCUGGUCUCAGCUGAAUCAGUUGAACUCCUGAAAAACCUGAUCCAAUUUAUGAAAUCAAGUGCUCCUGACCUGCCGCUUAAAAUUUUGCAUCAUCCAGAUCUAAGAGAGGAGAUGAAAGCAUUUGAAGUUGACAGAGUCACAUCUCGCAAGACGAUUGAGCGACUCUUGGAAGAAUAUAUUGAGGUUUCAAAUUGACCAAAGAUUUAUGCCUGAUCUACACUGGUGCCAAACAUCUAAAUACAGAAAUUUCAAGUUCGUUUGGCCACAAUCCCUUGCAGGAAGUUUAAGCAGCUUACAACCCCCGCCACCCCUUUUCUCUGUCAGUAUUUUGUCCCUGUUAAGACUUAUUCAUACAUUUGAUAUUGUCAAUGAUGUAUAGCAUGUAUAGAUAACCUCUCUGCACUGAAAAGGGUUUAUGAGCCUUCAGCUACCGGAUAUGAGAUAAUUUUGUCUUUG